CAGAAGUCGUCCCAAACCCUUCUCCAGCAGCAGCAGAAGUAGCAGCAGCAGUAGAAUAGCAGCAGUAGAAGUAGAAACAGCAGAAGUAGCAGCAGUAGAAGCAGCAGCAGUAGAAGUAACAGCAGCAGUAGAAGUAGCAGCAGUAGAAGUAACAGUAGAAGUAGCAGCAGUAGAAGUAGAAACAGCAGCAGUAGAAGUAGCAGUAGAAGCAGCAGCAGCAGUCGUCCCAAUCCCUCCCCUUGUCGACCAUGGCGCCCAAGCAGAGCGGCCGCGGAGCCGCCUCCGAGGAGGAGCUGCUGCUGCAGGACUUCAGCCGUUCCGUGUCCACCAAGUCGGCGGCGCUCUUCUACGGCAACGCCUUCAUCGUGUCGGCCAUUCCCAUCUGGCUGUACUGGCGGAUCUGGCAGAUGGAUCUGUUCCAGUCGGCCGUGCUGUUCGGCGUGAUGACCAUCGCGAGCACCUGGCUGGUGGCCAUGGCCUACAAGAACAUGAAGUUCAUUCUGAAGCACAAGGUGGUGCAGAAGCGAGAGGAUGCGGUGGCACGUGAGGUUCUCCGCAAGCUUCCCGAGGCUGACAACAAGAAGAUGUCCAAGAAGGAGAAAGACGAGAGGAUCCUGUGGAAGAAGAACGAGGUGGCGGACUAUGAGGCUACCACCUUCUCCAUCUUCUACAACAACACCCUCUUCCUCGUGCUCAUCAUUGUCGCCUCAUUCUUCCUGCUCAAGAACUUCAACCCCACCGUAAACUACAUCCUGUCCAUGGGUUCCUCGGCCGGUCUCAUUGCCCUGCUGUCGACCAGCCGCUAACAUUCCUCACUCGGCGCCACAACUCAGCUGGAAGUCUUAGGAUGGUGUUUGGAAGCCACACGCUAUCACUGUCAAUUGCAUUUAUGAAUUUAUAAAUGCAGCAUGUCUUGAGGUCCGUGCUGAAAUUUGUCGUCGAACUUUCAAUAAAAGCCGGUUGUUUACUUAA